GGCAGCAGUCCAUGGCAGAGUCUUUAUACAUUGUCUGAGUGUAAUCUGCUGCCAUCCACUGCGAAGCACCAGGGAGGAAAUGCUAAAAUAUUGGGCUCCACAGAAGAGGAAAUGGUUCUUGAUGGAGUCGUCUUUUAAAAGCAAACAUCAGAGUCUGAUUUGAAGUGAGAACCGGCCAGGAGACCAAGCGGCUUAGAUGAAGACUACCCAACUCCUUCCAGAGGAAGAGCCAGAGGGAUGUGAGAGGAAGAAGCAGAGGAGCGUUAUGGACUCCAGGGUCGAUGCUGAAGUUUGUUCAAGGAGGAACACAAGGCCAGGAGGCAGAUGUAGAUGAACAACCAUCUACCAGCAGUUCCUAUUUACAUCAAACGCCAACCACCAGAUGUCUUGCAGAUGUCGGUGAUAAGUGUUUAUACCAUCAAUGAAGCCAUAGACUGGAUGUUGAUAAAGAACCAGAACAAAGACCAGCUUUAUAUGAAGGAGGAGCAAUAAGAACGUUGGACCAGGCAGAUGGAAGAGCUACCCAACUGACUGUGAGAUGUUUCACCAGAUUCCCAAAUGCUUCUGUUUCUGUGAUUAAUGAAGAAACAGGAGAAAACUCAGAAGUAAAGACUUGGUCAAAUUUGAACUGAAAACAACAGAAGAGCAUCGAAUCAGCAGCUCAGCUAAACUGAUGAACACUUAGUGAUGUAGUGGAUCUAAGAAGACUACAAACAAUGAAUAACCAAGAUCCAAAUAUUCAGAGGAACCCGAUACAAGUAAAAAGACACCAUAGUUGUAUGGGAAUGAAUAAUGAAGCCAGUAAUGGUGGUGAUGGUUAUGACCAAUGGCAGAAACCUUUGUCAGAUUCUGAAUCUGAAACUGAAAGCAGUGACAGUAACUGUGGGCAGGAAAAGGCCUCAUGUGUUUCAGGAUUAAAUCACCACGUGGGAUGCUCAGUGUGUGGUAAAUCUUUUAGCAGGAACUAUAUGCAUAUACACAUGAGAAUCCACACAGGAGAGGAACUGUUUAGCUGUGACAUUUGUAGAAAAGGAUUCCUUGAAAACAGACAUCUUCAAAGACACAUGAGAACCCACACAGGAGAAAAACCAUUCGAGUGUAAUGUUUGUAGAAAGAAAUUCAAUGAAGCUACAGUUCUUAAAAGACACAUGAGAACCCACACAGGAGAAAAACCAUUUGAGUGUGAUGUUUGUAGAAAAAGUUUUUACACUAAGCAUAACCUUAACAGGCACAUGACCGUUCACACUGGAGAGAAACCGUUUAGCUGCGAUAUUUGUCGAAGACAAUUCUUCGGUAAACCUGAGCUUAUCAGACACCUGAGAAUUCACACUGGAGAAAGACCAUUUAGCUGUGAUGAUUGCAAUAAACGAUUUAGCCAGGAGUCGACUUUAAAAACUCACAUGAGAAUCCACAGCGGAGAGAAACCGUUCAGCUGCGAUGUUUGUAGAAAAAUGUUUAACUGUAAGUCAAAUCUCAGAAGACAUAGAAAACUUCACAGUGCAGAGAAACCAUUUGGCUGUGAUGAAUGUAAAAAAAGUUUUACAAACUGUAAAGAUCUUAGUAUUCAUAUGAGAGUCCACACAGGAGAGAAACCAUUUGAGUGUGAUGUUUGUAGAAAAAGAUUUUACUCUAAACGUCACCUUAACAGUCACUUGAGAAUCCACACCGGCGAGAAACCGUUCAGCUGCGAUGUUUGCAAGAAAAGAUUCUCCGGCAAGACGGAACAUAGAAGACACCUGAGAAUUCACACUGGAGAAAGACCAUUUAGCUGUGAUAUUUGCAAGAAAAGCUUUGGUCAGGACUCUACUUUAAAAACGCACAUGAGAAUCCACACUGGAGAGAAACCGUUCAGCUGCGAUGUUUGCAAGAAAAGAUUCUCCGGCAAAACAGAACUGAAUAGACACCUGAGAAUUCACACUGGAGAAAGACCAUUUAGCUGUGAUAUUUGCAAGAAAAGCUUUGCUCAGGUGUCAACUUUAAACUCGCACAUGAAAAUCCACACCGGAGAGAAACCGUUCAGCUGCGAUGUUUGUAGGAGAAGGUUCUCUGGUAAACCAGAACUUAUAAGACACGUCAGAAUUCACACUGGGGAAAGACCAUUUAGCUGCGAAAUUUGCAAGAAAAGCUUUGCUCAGAUGUCAACUUUAAACUCGCACAUGAGAAUCCACACCAGACCAGGAGGUGUGACUCAAAUCUAAAUUAAAAUAUUUAAAACUCCAAAAGGAAGCGAAAACAUUUGGCUGUGAUAAAUGUAGGAAAAGAUGUAUGAAAGUUUAGAAAGAAUAAAUCAGCAGACUAGUGGUGUACAUUUUAAAAGAUGAGUUGGUGGUUAAUUGGAUAGCAGUCUUGCUGUUUAGCUUCAAACGGUUGGAUAUUGAUUUAAUAUUUGAAAUAAAAAUUGUAUUUUUGUUAUGUUUUGACUAAAGCGAGUGUAAUGAAAAAUAGUUUGGUUAUUUGUAUGUUUUCUGAUGAAAAACAAACAUGAUUGUAACAAAAUGUGAGAGAAUUUGUGCUGUGAGUGUUAAAAUGCAGCUUCUCACUACUAUAAAGUUAAGUUCCUGUGUAUAAAUGCCUCCAUGGUGUCUUCCUCCAUUCCACUCUGGACCACCAUGACUUAUCACAGAGUGCAAAGUAGAUGGAUGUAUCCACUGGGAGAGACUGUUGAGGUGAUUUUGAUUUAUUUUUAGGUUUAUCCACAAAUGAUUGGGUGAUGGUUCCAAAAAUGUAUUGUUUCAGUAGACUUUCAUUUUAAAAACCUAAAAUUCUGGGUUGUAAUAAUUUCGCUUUUCGGGAAGUCAUUUAGUCUCAUUAAGAAGAUACUGUCGUUUUCUGUAUAUAUCAAUUCAUAAAAUGUGCAAAAGUCUUUGUCAUAUUUCUUUGCCUUGACUCUGGCACAACAAUUUCCUUCAGGGUUUAAUGAAGUCUUUUGCAUUCA